AUGAAUGUCACAAACGGGUCCAAAACUAUCCUUGUCGCAGGAGGUGCAGGGUUUUUGGGCUCUCACUUGAUCGACUUCCUUCUGCAAAAGGGCAACCGUGUGAUCGGGGUGGAUAGCUUUGAGACUGGUUCCCCCAAGAAUCUACAACACCUUGAGAAUCAUCCCCAAUUCACCCUGAUCAAUCAUGACAUUCAGUACCCCUUUCAAGGACUAGAGGAAAUCGAUCAGAUCUACAAUCUUGCUUGUCCAGCUAGUCCACCACAAGAAUCUAUUGGAAAUCGCAAAAUCCAGGGGUAUUCGGAUUUUACACGCCAGUACAUCAGUCCAUCCACAACCCGAAACCUAUUGGGGCCAUGUGAAUUCAUUCGGACCUCGUGCAUGCUACGACGAGGAAAACGCGUCGCCGAAUCUUUAUGCUACGCAUACCGUGAGCAAUUCGGGGUGGACAUCAGGAUAGCUCGAAUAUUCAACACCUAUGGGCCACGCAUGGGUGCUGGCGAUGGCCGCGUGGUAUCAAGUUUCAUUUCUGCCGCCCUCGCUGGAAGAAAUAUUUGCAUUACGGGUGAUGGGACUGCAACUCGGUCAUUCCAAUUUGUCACCGACUGUAUCGAAGGUUUAUAUAUACUUAUGAAUAGUGACUACCGUGAAGGGCCGGUCAAUAUCGGCAAUGACGUAGAGACAUCGAUUCAGGUAUUAGCCGAGAGAAUCGUGGAUCUGGUCGCCAAUUCUACAGGCAAGAAAAAGGUGAAUAUCGUCUAUCAGCCGCGGCUUGUGGACGAUCCCUGCGCCCGGAAACCGCAGAUCACGUUAGCGAAGGCGAAGCUUGGUUGGGCGCCUGUGGUGCCAUUGGAUGUUGGACUCCAGGAAACAAUUAACUGGCAUAUGCAUCAGACUUGA